GAGGGCAGCAUGCAGUUGGCUCCAGCAGGUUUGUGGGACCCCCAUGGGCCCCAGUCUGAAGAUGGCUCCCCCCUCCCCCUCCCCCUGCAUCCACCCUCCGCCUCUCACCUCUCCCAUGUGAUUGCCGCGCCACCAGCUAAGCGAAUCACCUUCUACAAGAGAGGCGACGAUAAGUUUGCAGGUGUGAGGAUGGCGGUCCACAAACGCAGCUUCAAAUGCUUUGACGCACUGCUGGAUGACCUGUCGCAGAAGGUGCCCCUGCCAUUUGGGGUACGUACGGUCACCACCCCCAGAGGAACCCACAGUAUUAAACAUCUAGAGCAGCUGGAGGACGGAGGGUGUUACCUCUGCUCUGACAGACGGCAGGCUAAACCAAUCAACAUGGAGCUGGCUGGCAAACGCCCUGCCCUCUGGCACCACCCCAGCCGCCGAGUGCCACAGCGACCAGCAGAAGACCCUUGCCCUCCCACUGCUCCAAGCCACACCCCUACACGGCAGCGGCGCAUCCUAUUGGUCAGAAACAGCGACCCUGCGGUGAGGAGGAGUGUGAUUCUGAGCCGCCGCUCGACCCGAAGCCUCCGAGUGUUUCUGGAAGACAUCUCGGAACUGAUGCAGUGUCACGUCAGGAAAUUAUACACACUGGAGGGGCGCAAGAUUGACAGUGCACAGAGCCUGAUGACGUGUCCAGGUGUGUUGGUGUGUGUGGGUCGAGAGCCCUUCAGACCUCUACUGCUGGAGUACGUAACCAAGAGCUCUGAGGAGAAACUUCCUGGACUGGGGUCGCGGCCAACUGGAAACGGGGCCCGCUCCCCCGGUACUGGAGCCCGCUCACCUGGUAACGGAAAAGGGUCACGUUCUAGUGUCUGCAGCGAGGGACACGACAUCAAGAAGAACGUGAACUUUGGUCUGGAGACUAAGAAGAGCAUCAUCCAUCCUCGCUUAGACUCUUCAAACCGCUCCACCCGUUUCUCUCUCUCCUCUGAGAAGUCCUACGCUAACGGCCUCAGCACUUGUCCCCACUCCCACAGCGGGAGGGAGGCGGUGCUGAACGAUGACAUAGAGAAACGUGUGCUGGUGAACAAAGAUGGCAGCCUGUCUGUGGAGAUGAGGGUGCGGUUCAAUCUCCACAACGACGAGACGCUUCAGUGGUCCACGGAGAUUAAGAAGUCUCCGUCUGACUCUCUGACAAAUGACUGCUGUCCGCUCAGGGAAGCCCCGCCCUGCUACCUACAGCAGGGCCAAUCUGAAAGCUGCUCGGACCCUGACUACGCUUUUUGUGUUGCUGAAGCUGCCGACUACGCCCCCAAGCCUCCACAGCGCUCCCUGAAGGAGCCACAGCCCCGCUGCGCCUGCUGCUACCAGAGACCUGACCCGGAGUAUGACCUCUGGGAAAACCCCGCCCACAUCCAGACUUCUAAGCACUCCCAUUCCAGGGUUAGACACACCCACUCUUCUAGCUCCUCCUCCUCCUGCCGCUCCAGCAGGGUGGUGAGGAGACGGGCGAUGCACAAGGAGGGUUCCGAGCCCGGAAGGGUUGUCCAGGAGUGCUGCGUCAGGGAGGAGGUACAGCGUCGGGUGGAGGUGGAGAGGGAUGGAGGGAUGGUGGAGGUGUGUACAGUCAGUCGAAGUGAGCUCAAUCUGACAGACAACCAGGGGGAGGAGCGUCCUCUUUCUAGCUCCUCCCACGUACUCCAGGCGCUUCAGGAAAAUGUGGAUGCCCUCCCUCCCAGCGCCUCACGCUGCUGCCAUAGCAACGACCCCCCACAACCGCUCCCUUUGACUCCGCGACCUCCCAGCCACUUGUCCAGCUCCUUCAGGAGCAGGAAGCACACCCCUGCCCCACAGCGAGAGGAGAGGGGAGAGGGGGAAGAGGAAAGGCGUGACAUGGGUGAGGAGAGGGCUAGCAGAGCCUCCUCCCGGCGCACUUGUCACUCGUGUUCCUGCCGUGGUGGAGAAGUCACCCCUCAGGCCGACCAGAAGAGGGCGGACAGCCAAGCCUCCCACAGAUCUAGAUCCUUCAAUAGAAUCACAACCCCUGUGGCUUCAGAGGAGGGAGAUGAUGAAGAUGAUGAAGAAGAGAGGGCAGUCAGCGUAAUGUCCACUCACACCGGUCUCUCCGGGGGAUCGGGUGGGUCAGUGGGGUCUAUGGGGUCCACUGUGUGUCCUCACUGUGGCGGGUGUGACCAUAGCUCCAGCCCUGCAUCCUGCCCUUCACAGAGGUCACAGCGAUCUAAAUGUGAAGAGGUGAGGUCAGGGAGCGGACUCUCGGGUGGCUCAGAUGAGUCCGGUUUUUCUCAGAGGACCAACAGGUCCAACUGUACCCACUACUACCAAGAGGGCCGAGCAGCCAGCAGAAUGUCACACCUGUCUCUGCCCGAGGAGGGAGAAGAUACAGGGAAGGAGGGAGAGUUGGAGGUUGGCGAGAAGAGAGAAGAGGGGGAGAAAGAGGAGAGAGCAGCCAGUGCCCUCUCAGCCAAAUCCUUCUCUUCAGUCAAGGGCAGGAACUCCAGAACCUCCCAUAAAUCUAAGGCUUCAGAAUCCCUUGCAGACAUGGAGGAAGAGAUGGAGGAAGAGAUGGAGGAACAGAUGGAGGGAGAGAUGGAGGAAGAGAUGGAGGAAGAGAUGGAGGAAGAGAUGGAGGGAGAAGUGGAAGACAGAAGAGAGCAGAGACCAGCAAGCGCCAUGUCAGCUAAAUCUAACCUCUCAGUAAAGUCCAACAGGUCCCAUAAGUCCUAUGGCAGCAAAACUGAAUGGGCACCUUCCCCCAACUUACCAGAGGCACCAGCUACUGACGAGGUGGGAGAGGAGAGACCAGCAAGUGCCAUGUCAACUAAAUCAAACCUCUCAGCCAAGUCUAGCAGGUCUCAUAAGUCCACCUGUAGCAAAACAGAUGGGUCCACAAACGUUUCCGCGAGGGAAGCAUCUCCCAGAUCAGAACCAGAAGCUGCUGAGGAUACAGGAGCAGCAGAGACAGAGGACAGAGAAGCCAGUGUUAUGUCAGAUAAAACCAGUGUUUCAGCAAAGUCCAGCAGAUGUCAUAAGUCUACGUUUAGUCAGAGUGUUAAGGCUGUUUCUGUCAGCUGUGACACACCUGAAGUCCCUGGUGUUAAGACAACCGGGGAAGGUGAAGAGGCAGAAGAGGGCGAGAAAACAGAGGAGAGGGCAGAGAGCUCCAUGUCCGCUAAAUCCAACCUCUCAGCAAAGUCCAGCAGGUCCCAUAAGUCCACCUACAGCAAAGCAGAACAGGCCCCUUCCCCCAACUCAGAGGCGCCAGAAACUGAACCUGGUGUAGAUGAGGAGGGAGAGGAGAGAGCAGCGAGCGCCAGGUCAACUAAAACCAGCGAUUCCGCAAAGUCCAGCAGGUCCCAUAAGUCUACCCGUAAAGCUACCUCUCCAAAGCCAGCCGCUUGUGAAACACCAGUCAACGAUCCAGCAGAGAACACAGAGGAACAGAGAGCAGCCGUGUCAGGUGAAAUCAGGGCUUCUGUCAGGUCUAGCAGGUCUCACAAGUCUACCUGUAGUAGGAGUGCUAGGGCUGAGACACCUGUUGCUAAAGACAUCCCUGCUAUUGAAACAACAGAAGGAGAUGAGAAUGGAUCUGCUGCUGCUGCAGGAGACACAGAGGAGAGACCGGCAAGCACCACGCCAGCUAAAAUGAACGCUUCAGUUAAGUCUAGCAGAUCUCAUAAGUCUACCAAACCUUCAGAGAGGGUUGUCUCUUCCAGCUUUAAAGGGGCUAACAUCCUGGCUAUUGAAACAACAGUGAAGUCUAGCAGAUCUCAUAAGUCCACCUGCAGCAAAGCAGAACGGGCCUCUUCCCCCAACUCACCAGCUGAACUUGCCCCUUCUCCCAACUCACCAGAGGUACCAGCUUCUGCUGUAGAUGAGGAGGGAGAGCGAGCAGCGAGUACCGUGUCUGCUAAAACCAGUGCUUCAGCAAAGUCCAGCAGAUCUCACAAGUCGACCUGCAGUAGGAAAGUCAGGGCUGAGACACCAGGGACUAAAAACAUCCCGGUUAUUACGACGACAGGGGGAGAGGAGACGGUUGACGAUACAAUUGUUGCUGGAGACACAGAGGAGAGACCAGCGAGCGCCAUCUCAGCUAAAACCAGUGCUUCAGUCAAGUCCAGCAGGCUUCAUAAAUCUACCUGCAGCAGGAGGGCUGAGAAUCCAAGCUCUAAACCAGCCGAUGUCCCUGUUAUUGAAACAACAGGAGGAGACGAGGUCGGAGAGGAGAAAGAGAGAGCAGCCAGUGCCAUGUCAGCUAAAUCUAACACUUCAGCAAAGUCCAGCAGGUCUAACAGGUCCACCUGUAAUGGAAGCACUAAAGCGGUCUCUCCAGCGGCUCAAGAUAUUCCCGCUAUUGAGACGACAGGUGAAAAAGAGCAGGGGGACAAAGAGGAAGAGAUAUCUGAGGAGAGACCGGCUAGUGCGAUGUCAGCUAAAUCAACCACUUCUGACAAGUCCACCAGCUCUCAUAAGUCCAGCAGUAGUAGAAGGGCUAAAACGCAAGCUGAUGUCCCUGUUGUUGAGACCACCGGAGGAGACGAGAAGGGAGAGGGGACAGAGAGACCAGCGAGUGCCAUGUCGACUAAAUCCAACGUUUCAGCAAAGUCCAGCAGGUCUCACAAGUCCACCUGUAAUAGUGGAAGCUGUAGAGCGGUCUCUCCAGCACCUAAAACAGCAGACGUCCCAGCCAUUGAGACAACAGGGAUUGACAGUGAGGGAGAGAAAACAGAGGAGAGACCAGUUAGCGCCAUGUCGGCUAAAUCUCACGUCUCAGCUAAGUCCAGUACAUCUAAUAAGUCUAAUGGGAGUAACAGAAGUAUGUUUCCUCACCUGAUUAAAGAGAGAGGUGAGAGAGGUGUUAGACCUGUCCCCAGCACGACAGGAGAUGACCUUGAGACAGACAGUGUGAAAUCUGCCAUGAGCACAAAACUCAAAAGUAAAGCAGAUUCCUACCCUAUCAGACCCCUCUCCAGAACAUCACAGAUCAGCGCUGAACCUACCAAUCAAACACUGCCUGCCACCACCGAGACAACCAAUGAGGAGUCUCAAAGUCAAGCCGCCAGCAAGGCUGCAGACAGAGUUGAUGAGGAGAAAGCAGAUGAGGAGAAAGCGCCUAGCGUACGCUCCAAGAGACCUGCUAAAGCAGCUGGAGACUCCAGGCCUGCGUCGGCUUCCUCCGCACGCUCCACCAGGUCAAAGGUGAAAGUUGAGAAAGCCAGCGAUGCCCAGGAGGAGGAGAGUCCAAAUACAAGCGCCUCCGACUUCCUGCAAGUGAAAGGUCAAGGUCACCGAGUCAAAGCUCAGAGUGACACAGGCAGCGGUCGCUCUGUGAAGACGGUGAUAGAAAGGAAGUCCAGACCAAAGUCACCGCGAGCGAGAGACUCUCCCUCCCCGUCCCCCAGUCCCACCAUUCAAUUGGAGACGGCCAGCAUCAGUGACAGCCUCCUCUCCCAGUUCCUGUCAGCUGCUGACAUGCUCAAGGGGAACAUGGCCGCCGUGCGCCCCUCCAGCCCUGCAGGGUCAAAGGUUAGCCUCACUGAGAGUGGGAAGAGUGGACAGAGCCGGAGGAGCAGGAAACCCAAACAGGAAGAGGCAGAGUUAGAGAUGCUGGAUCUCCUCUGUCUGCCUAACACCUUGCCCAACGACGUUGUCAGUGAUUGGCUGAGAGGCAUACCUGCCGACGGCGGUAUGGAUAACCCUGAAGACGAGAUGAACAAGGGAAUUGAGGAGACAGAAGGAGAGGAAGCCGUGGAGAAAGGAGGGGAAACGGAAGGACAGGAAGGAGACGAGACUACGGAGAAACAAGAACCGGUUGAGACCACAGUGCUGGAGCAGGAGAACACGGCUGAAACAAGACAACAGGAAGAGGAAGUGGAGCAGGAAAAAACAGCUGAAAUAGGACAACAGGAAGAGGAAUUGAAGCAGGAGAACACAACUGAAGCAGGACAACAGGAAGAGGAACAGGAGAACACAGCUGAACCAGGACAACAGGAAGAAGAAGAGGAAGUGAAUGAGGCUGCAGAGCACCCAGAGGAAGAGGUGAAAGAAGAGGAGGAAGAGAGAGGAGAGGAGGAGGGAGCAGCAGUGGAGCAAGAGAAGGAAGAAAAAGAAGAAGAGAGGGAGGAGAGAGGAGAAGAGGGGGGCGAGUGCUCUGAGUGCGCUGGCUUCUGCCCUGACCCAGCCCCGCCCACCAAUGACAUCACUUUCUCUCGUCCUCGCCACCUGUUCCUCAGUAAAGAAUCAGAGCUGCCUCGGAGCUGCCACUCAUCUGUGGCAGUAAUGAAGGUUCUACUGAGCCCUACACUGGGCCGAUGCAGCUCCCUACCCGAGAUAAGUCCUGUGUACGGACGCAGACUGAGCUCCUCUGCUAAAGGUCUGCUGGACUGUCUGGCCCAGCUGCAGCUCAUCGACCCGCACUCUCUUCCAGCUGCAGAUCCAAGCCCUGACAGGGACCAGCGAUACCAAGAGGUCAUGGAUAUACUAGAGUCACUGUGGCUGUCUAAGCCCAACCCCGGGAAGGGGAAAGAGGGAGAGGCAGAGGGAAAGGAGAGGUUGAAAGACUCUGGUGUGGACCUGAGCAGUGGCUCAGCAGGGUCGGGGGGUUCUGGGAAAGGCAAACAAGAUGAAACAGCGGGUGACAUCACUCCCAUUGCGGAGAGAGAGGAAGAGGGAGGGGAGGGGGAGGCAGGAGAGACAGAGGAAAAGGAAGGGGAGGCAGGAGAGACAGAGGAAGGAGAGGGGGAGGCAGGAGAGACAGAGGAAGGAGAGACAGAGGAAGGAGUAGGAGAGACAGGGGGAGAGGGAGGAGAUGGAGAGACAGAGGGAGAGACAGAGGGAGGGGAAGGAGCAUCACCAGAGCUGCUUUCAGACACGGCCACCCCAGACAUCGCCAGCCGAGUACAGAGCAGUCCAGGGGAGGAUGAGGCGAUCUCAGAGUCGCCCGCAGGGAGAGGUGAGAUGCUGCAGACCCCUGAGAGCCUCAGAGCCCCAAGAAGCCCAUCCUCCUCAAACAGCACGGCCUAUAAGUCCCCCACUGACAUAGAGAGAGACACCCCGGAGGACACCACCAGCUCAGGGACACCUCCGUCAGUCCAGCGAGCGCUGCUCACCAAGCGUGUCUCCCAGGACCCUGACCCGGUCUGGGUUCUCAACCUGCUGAAGAAGCUGGAGAAACAGUUUAUGACCCACUACGUCGACGCCAUGGCUGAGUUCAAGGUGCGUUGGGACCUAGACAACAAUGUGAUGUUGGACACUAUGAUCACUGAGCUGAGAGACGAGGUGAAGAAGAGGAUCCAGACGAGCAUUGAUCGUGAGCUGAGGAAGAUCCGGGGGCGUGCGGGGCGGGGGGGCGUGCCGCGCCCUCCUAUCCUGUCCCGGGAUUCAACUGUUACAGACCAGAGGAGGCGGAGGUUAAAGGUCAUGAAGGUUCAGUCAGUGAACAAGAGUGACGGGGAGCAGGGUUCGGGGGCGGAUGUGAGUGACCAGCGCAGCGAGGGUGAGGAUGAGUACUGUCCCUGCGACGCCUGCAUACGGAAGAAGGCGGAUGUCCAACAAAUCAAAAUGGAGGCUGUGGUCGCCACAGCGCCGGUGAUAAUGGCGUUUGAUCUGCGUAAGAUCCUGCUGAUGAAGAAAGACCCAAAGCCUCUUGCGCCCUCUAGCCCCACGGAGGGGGAGGACAAUGAGCGCCUGGAAUUGGAGGAGAAGAAAGAGGAAGAGGAGGGUGUGAAUCUAGAGGUGGUACACAAAGACGAGGAAGAGGAGGAGACCAAGGAGGAUAUUAUACCAACUGUUGUCAUAGAGGAAGCUAUCCCUGAGGAGGAAGAGGAAGGAGUGACUGAGGGAGAGGAGGGAGAGGAGGAAGCACAGGAGAGUGAUGGAGCUGAGUCUGUGAUGGGGGAAGUAGAGGAGGAGAUAGCUGAGGAAAUAGCUGAGGAGAUAGAGGCUGAAGAACAGGAGGAGGAUGGAGUGGUGGAGGGAACAGAGGAGGAGGAAGGAGAGAUGGGAGGUGAAAUUUCAGGAGGAGAUGGCGUGGAGGGGGCGCAGACUGGAGGGGGGGAGGAGUUAGUAGAAGGGGAGGAGGAAGGAGCAGGGGACGCUGAAGCAGUGCAGGAGGAUCAAGCAGGAGGAGCUGAAAACACUGUUGAUGGACCAGCAGAGGGGGAUGAGGUGGAAAAAGAAGAGGAAGAAGAGAAUGAAAACACAGCAGGAGAGACAAGUGGAGAGGAGGAGGGAGAGACGGGAGCAGAGGGAGAGACUCCUGAGGAAGGCACAGAGGGCAAUGUGGGGGCGGAGGAUGCUGUGGAGGAGUUGAAUCCUGAAGAAGAGAAUGAAGAGGUGAAAGAGGGAAACAGAGAAAUCCCCCUGAUAAGCCAGAUGACCAGAACCUCUGUGGAGUCCCAGCCAGGAUCUAUGGAGAACACAGUUUCACCAAUGCGCUCUUUAACCCCCAUAGAGACCAAGGAAACCGGCUCUGAUGGACACAAGAUGGCGUCUGCAGGUGAGGGGUCUGGGGGGAAAGGCCAGAGGAGGAGCCGAUCUCCAGCCAGAGCCAAACGCAGGAAACCCAAAGAGAGCGAUGUAGAACUAGAUGAUCUAGAAAUGUAA